AUGGAAGCCAGUGCUUCUUCUAAGAUUCAAUCAAGAAAUCAAACAAAAUCCCUAACACACAUGCCAUUUGAAGUAAUGGAGAAAAUAAUAGUCGACUUGGCAAAAAUUUCAGCAAUCGAGGCUUUUAGGAUGAAGAGUGUUUGCAGAUUCUUCAACGAGGCAGGAAAAACGGAUGAAGUAUAUAAACAUAUGGAGUUAGAUGGAUUACAAUUUCGUGUUUGGUCUGACCAGAAACAUGAAGUUGUCAAUAAAUGCAUAGAGAUGAGAAACCCAAAUAUUCUAUUCAGGAAUGGAUUGCUAUUUUUCUUAGAAGCUAAACAUGAGGGGAAAAAGAUGCUUGAAGAAGCAUCUGUAUUGGGGAAUUUGGAUUCAACAUUUGUCUUGGGAAUGAUGUUGAUGGCUGAAGGGAGACAUAGGAAGCAGGAAGCUUUGAACAUGUUGAACAAUGCUUACCGCAGAGCAAAAGGUAAGUGGAAUCUUAGAGCAACUUGUUCUACGGUUCAUGUCCACUUAAAUAGGGAGAGGGGGAAAUAUGUACACUUCCAUGGCUUCCAUAGAUCUUGUGCAUUGCAAAAUUCUGUAAUUAGUGUGUCAGACGCUUUUGUGAAUGGAUACAGAUGGGUGUUUAUGUGUGAAAUUUGUUUAUGGGAUGCUUGUUUCAUUAGAAUGUCGAAUACUAGAAGUUUCCGUUCGUUAGAUGAUCUUCCACUAGAGCUUUUGAGUCGGAUAUCUGUAGUAUUAGGGUCAGAAUCUGCAAAAGACAUCGUCUUGAAAGACUUUGGGGGUGAUCCUCAAGUGUACAGAACAACAUGCAUUGACAUGUUUGAAGGAAUGGGUCCCAAAAAUCUGGAAGCUAAUUUAUUUAUACGCACAUGUGCAUUGCAUAAUAACAUUGAAGCCAUGUUUAGACAAGGAAUUAUAUGUGUAGUUUCAGAUGAUUGCUUUUAUUAUGACAAUUUUGAUUUCGGAAUGACUUUGUUGAGACAAGCAACAAAUGAAGAUCAUCUUGAGGCAAUUUAUUUGCUUGGAAUGAUCUACAUUUCAAGAGGGCCUCAUCAACGUGAUAAAGGUUUACAAUUACUUGAUGCCUAUUUUGGUUGGGUAGUUUCGGAUGAUGGGGAGUGCACGGGUGUUGUUGAUAGGGCCAAAGAGUUGUUGCAGGCUGUUGAUGUUGUUCAUAGACUUACAACGAAUAACAUCACAUUCCAAUGUGAAGAUCCAUGUCAUUCUGUUAAAGGUUCAUUGGCAAUAGGCCAUGAAGAGGAUGAGGAUCGACAAAGAUAUUGCACUGUUUGUCAUUGGUAUUUAGAGUAUGGUAGGUUUGGUAUAUUUCUUAAAACUAUUAAUGGUUGA